CGGGUGUUGUGGGAAUACCUAUGAUGCAGUGCUACUGGUCAACUGUAUGUCAUUCAUUGUAGACCGGUAUUAAAGCAAGGAUAUUCCCCUAAAAUGACUGAAAACCAAUUUAACAAAUUACAACCUGAGAAGUUGUGUCCCUUCAAUAGUAAUGACUGGGAGACAAUGAAGAAUAAGCGAAAUUGUCCAGAUCCAGAGUUUUAUCACUGUAUGCCAAACCAGUACAACGAGCCGGGGGAGAUCUGUGUCAAACCAAACUGGGCGUCAAAAAAUUACUGUCCCAUUUUCAAUACGGCUGCCAAUGACAUUGACCUCAUUCCCUGUGACCUUCAAUAUGGAGCAUGCUCAGACACAGAUUACAGAUCUAAUCAAGUCUUUCUAUAUCCUGGGUGUCUAAACAAAACUCUCAUAAUUGGAAAAACCAGUACUGAUAGGACUGACAGUGAAUCUGCAGUCCUGUCUCCAGUCAAACUGCAGAUUAUUAUUCCAGCUGUCGCCAUACCUCUUUUACUGCUGCUUCUUAUUGGAGUUGCUUUUUAUUGCUGGAGGAGAAAAGGGACAAAGCUCGAUGCAAAUGACAUUGAAUUGCAGCCCCUUCUUCAUCAGAAUACAGUUCCUUGGAGAUUUAAAAAGACUAUAAAUUACUUGGAGAACAAAGUAUUCUGCCGGCCUGAAUCCUAUGAACAUGCUGUUGGUAUUUUGUCAACAAAAGGCCACAUCACGCUUAUUGGUCCACCAGGAUCAGGAAAAACUUUUAUGGCUGUCCAACUUGCAAGACAACUCUGUGGAAAAGAAAAGACCCAGAUGGUGUUUUGCAAAACACUGCACGAAAUAACUGCAUUGCCUAAAUUGGAAAAUGCAUGCUUGUAUGUUAUUAUGGAUGGUUGGCUAGACCAAUAUAUGUAUUAUCCUUCAAAAGUGAAAGAAGAUAAACAGUUGUUUGACCAUAUUUUUGACGAUUGCAUAAACUAUAAAACAGUACGAAUCAUUUUUACAGUCCAAGAAGAUAGAUGGAAAGCAUACGGGAAUCGUUUGUCAAAUCAAAAGAUGUUUUGGCGUGAAAGUUUGUUCUUUAUAAAUAAUAAAUCAUUUAGUAAUGAAGUGGUGCAAAGUAUGAUUAUACACCACUUACAGUAUCAUGAGACCAGAGAGGAUUCCAUGAGAACAAAGACGAAAUCUGAUGAGGAAAAUUUGACAAACGAGAAAAGGAAUAAAGAGAAAAUAAUCAAACAAGCCAUAGCAGAAGAUCUGAAAAGAGAUAAAGAGUUUUCUUUACCGUUGGUGAUUGACUUACUCUGUGCAAAUAAUUUAUUAGUGCCAAAAAGAGCAAAAGUUACAAAGCAUGGAUUUUCAAAGAUUUUGCAAAAAUUUUUACAGAAGUGGUUGACAGACGAAUCAAAAGAUGAAAAGGACAGCUUUACUAUUUUCUUGUUUACAGCUCUUCAAGGAGGAAAGGUUACGCUACACGAUUUUUCAAGUAAAGUGGUUCGUCCAACUUAUGAAAAUGUUUGUAAAGAGUAUAAAUCAGAAUGUCGCGAGGAUAUUGAGAGCAUUGAAGGCUUGUUAAGGCAAAAUGGACGUUUAAUGAGUUGUUUGUACGAAGAAAAUGAUGUAUUUGUUUUCCGUCACGAUUCACUGUUAUGUUUUGUGCUGCAGUUCCUUACCGAGACAAAAAAUGCUAAUUUUUUAAUUCAAAAUGCUGAUCUUGAAAUUCUUCUAAACAGAUGCUGGAUUAAAGAUGGGAUAUUUAAAUCAUAUAAUAAUGCAAUAAAGGAUAUAAUUCCAAGUAACCCAGUCGGUACAGUUUGUCUACCAAUUGACGCAUUCAUGGACUUGGCAGUAAGAAUUAAUGGAGAAAUGGAAAGAUCUUGUCAAACUUUUCCUGAUUGGCCUAAGCAUGUUUUUAUGGAACAUAGUACAUUCCUGAAAACGUGGAAUAAAGUGCAACCAGAAUUAAAUGUAGCCUAUCCUGAGAAAUGUCCUGGUAAAUUACCUAAUGUUAGUUUAAGCAUCAGCAAGAACGAGGAAACGAGCUUUCAUGGCUCAAAAUCCCCUGGAAUUGUUCUUAUCCAAACUGAAAUAGAAAAGAAUAGUUUACAAAUCAAAAUCAAGGACGAAGAGAAAGCAAUAAGUGAUUCCGACUCUAAAAGAACUGGUUAUGAAGAAGAAAUUGGACAAAAAGGUGUAAAACCAGUACUGGAGAAUAAGUAUUUUUCAGGUCCAAAUAAGGGAGAAUCACCUGAAAACUUUUCGAAUCCAAAUACACAUGCAUUUGAAGAUGGACAAAGCACUCACAAAACGAAGAAAAAUAAAGGCAAAGUGAUCUCCGACAAAGCAAAGAUUAAGUCUGAUAAACAGCAGAAGAAAAGAGAGGUGUAGAAACAUCGCAGAAGGACAGUGUCUCUCUAAAUCAGCCUGAAGGAGAAACAGCCGUGUAAAAAUCUUGUAGUCUUAGCGAGAAAGCAAGGCAAAGAGGGCGAGUUUCUAUGUACGGUGGCCUUGUAUUAUUUAUGACACCGAUUCAUCUUAAUUCUUUAUAAAUGUUUUAAUAUUGAAACUAAGGGAAGAAAAUGAUGUUUGACAGAUGAAAUUGCAUAUUUUAUAGGUGUA